CCUUGUUAGAGACAUGGCAAUGUCCUGUCGUGCUGCGUGACCCAGGGCUAGUCAUCUCACCCGACUGGGCCUCAGUUUCCUUCUCUGUGAAAUGAAGAAGCUGCGCUGAUCAGCUGCCAAGGCCUCCUUCCAGCUUUUAAAUCUGCUUCCCCAAAGAAGACAAAUCAUAAGAAAGGCCGCAGGCCAAGUUGCUCACUAAUGCAGUCAGCAGAAAACAUGAGUGUUUCUGGGCAACAGUCCCUGUUCUUCAUCAACCUUCCAGACCUACAAAAGCUUUGUGUUGUCAAAGUAGUUCUAAGUAACCAAAUGGCAGACACAGAGAUUAGAAGCACGCAGAUGAAGAUGUGCAGGCAAUUGCUGUUUAUGCACCAAGAGCUUCUUACAUCACCUGUUCCUGGAAUAUUAAGUCAAAUUUGGGUAGUGAUGGCGAUACCGUUUUACAAAUCAGGAAAACUUCAGGCCUACACAGAACAACAUGGAGCUAAGGUGGUGACUCCUCAGAAAGUAGUUCCUGCCAUUCUUCAAACCUGUAUCUCUUAUUCAGUCACAGCCAGACUUUCUCCAUCAUGGAAUAAAGCUGGUCAUUUGCUAAUUCAAGGGAGAGAUUUUCUUUCUCAAACGGGAAGGCAAAGUGCUAUUGUUUUGGAUAUCAAUGUAUCAGAAACCCAACUCUGCAUCAGUAUAGAAGCCUGUACAGUUAGACUACCACCACCCAAGCCAAGUGACUUUGAAAUUUCUGAAAACAUAUUAAAGAAUUUUGAUGGUAACAAGCAUGCCAUUAUUGAGGGGCACUCCAUUUUAAGCAACUGGUGCUAUGUCUUACCAAGCAUGAAAAGGGGACAGAUAACAAGUAUUCUUCAUACUGUUCCCCCUGAUUGUCCUUUUCAGUCACCUGAAGAUUUUCAGAUACAUUGGAAUAGUCUGUAUGGAUAUAACCUCCCAGAGGAUUGUGGAAAGAUGGAAAUAUACUGCACUGUCUACUUCAAAUUGAUAGGGGAAAGGCUUUUCACAUAUCCUCUUAAUUGCGUCAGAAGCCAACCUGUACAGUUUUUUCCAAGGGUUGAUGUGGAAAGUGUACUGAAAAGGUUUCUUUCUGAUCUGAAAUCCAAACUCCCUCAUAUAUGUGGCUUUCCAAUAAAGAUGACAAGUAAGCCAUGCUACUACACUCAAGAACUCACCAAACCUUCUUUACAGGGAAACAAGACUCCUAAUCUGACUGCCAAAAAAACAUUUACAGCUUCUCAGACUCAAAUCCCUUCCAUAAAACCUACCUUGGUUCAGAGUCCAUUAUCAGCUACUACGGCAUUUGACCACAAGAUGGAGCUUUUAGCCAACCAGCCAAACCCAAGUAUUUUUUCAAGUCUUAAUCUGCAGCAGAACCAUGAGACGAAAGGCACAUGUGUCAGGGACUCUCAGCUACCUUUUGAAGCAUCCAGUCCCGAAAGCAGGAACGUUCAAGUUCAUGGUGUAAUUCCAGAUUAUCAAAAUGAAAAUACCACUAAAAUCAUACCAAUUUUUAAAGGUAGACUGAUGCAAAUGAAUGAAAAUAUCUCAGUGUCUCGUAACCAGAAGAAAAAGCAGCAUAGUGAUACAGAAUCAAAGAUGUUUGCAAGUAAAUUUCAUGUGACCCAAGUUAACAAAUUGAAUUUGGGCCAAUCUGAGAAAAAAAGAAUUAAAAGUAGUAUGUCUGCAAUACAUACUGGAAAUGUAAAUCCAAGGAGUUUUACACCUCCGGAAGACCUAUAUACAAAGUCAAAUUUUUAUCUGCCUAAGUGCACAUCAUCAAAUGUGAGUUUAAGUAGACACAAGCCCCAAUUUUCUGAUGAUUCAGUAUUUCUGUUGUCAGAUAACAACUCAGAUUUAAUUAGAAAUGUCACAAACAUCCAAAAGAAAGAAAAUCUAGCAAGUCAGCAUCCUGUACAAGUUGUGGGAAAUGGCCAUGAGUCACUACAAAAGAAAAGACAAAUCCACAUUUUUGAGUCAGACACAGAAACAGAGGAUUCCCAAUUACCACCACAACAAUCAGUGAAUCUAACUAAAGAAGUAGAUUUAAAUAUUUGCCGAUUGUUAUCAAAAAGAACAGCCUCUAGGUCAAAAAGGAAUUUCUACCAAAAAUCUCCAGAAACUUUAAAAGAUAGAAAUAUUUCUUUUCAUCAUGGGCUAUUCAACUCUUCAACUGAUCAGGCAAAAGAAUUAGGUAAAUCAAAACCUAAGAAAUCCCAGAUCAUUCCAAAUAUUUAGAACAUGGACCUGGAAGAGCACCAAAAUACCCACCAGGUCAUCUUUAUGCAUCUUAACUUAUUUUCAGCCUGCUGUCCUGCCAAACUGAGUAUUCACUACCUGCCAGAUAUGCAGUAUCUGUAUUUGGAGGCUGACUUUGCCACUCACUACCUGUGUCAGCGUGGGCAAAUCACUAUCCUCUCUAGGAAUCAGUUUCCUUAUCUAUAAAAUAAAGAUAUUAGAUUAAAUGAUCUCUAAAGCCCUUUAAGCUCUAUGUCUUUCUUUAUUUUUUACUGGAUCUGUAAUUCCACUGGUGUAGGGAAAUCCCUGGUGAAUAAGCACUCAGAAUCUGAAUGUCCAUCUUGAGAAAAAUCCUGCCUGUCCUUUCAAUCUAGAUGGCAUCUCCUCCAUGAUGCCUUCACAGUAAUCUUCUCAGCUAUAAUUCUUUCUUCCUUGAAUCUUGAAUGCCACUUAAUUCUCUUUAUACUUAUGGAUCAUAACAUCUUAGAAUUAGAAAGUACCCUUGAGAUCAUAUAAUUCAACCUCUUUAUUGUGUAGAAGAAGAAAUUGAGACACUGAAUGGAUAAGCAAAUUGCUUAGACUCA